AACGGCGGAAGAGCAUCGAGACGCAAGGUAAGCUCGAGAGUUGCUAGAAUAAAUGAAGUGACUUUCGGAAAGGGGAAGGAAGGAUCGACUCAGCAGCAGCCGCAGCAGCAACAAAAAAGGAAGACGACAGUUUUGAUGUGUGCAGCAUUCACACGCCAGCAGUGUCACAUAAAUGGACUACAGCACGGAAGAAACGCAAGUGGCCAGGAGUAUCGAGCUGAAUGAUGGCUCAAAAAUGCCAGUUUUGGGCCUGGGGACAUGGAAGUUGCGGCGUACGGAUUAUGAACUUGAAGACGUCCCAUUGUGCCUCAAUAAAUCACUGCAAGAUCUCCAGUUGGACUAUCUGGAUCUAUACCUCCUACACUCCCCUGUUGGAAUAAAGAAAACGGGUUUCCCAAGAAAGGACGAUACCAAUUACAUAGACUAUGUGGCUGUAUGGAGGGGCAUGGAAGCACUGCUCACUUCAGGAAAAGUAAAGAACAUUGGCGUAUCCAACUUCAACAUCAUGCAGCUAGAGAGACUUCUUGCUCUUUGCAAAACUCCUCCUGCAGUCAAUCAGGUGGAGCUACAUCCAUACCUGACACAGCCAGAGCUGAUAAAGUUCUGUAAAUCCAGGAAUAUUGCCCUGAUAGCCUUCAGCCCCUUUGGCUCCCCUGCAAGACCCCCGCAGCUAUUCAGAGAAGGUGCUGACCCAAAUAAGCUCCUACAAGACCCGGUCAUUGCAGAAAUAGCCAAGAAGCACAAACGCAGCCCUGCACAGGUAUUGCUGAGGUACCAUGUACAGCAAGGUAUUGCAGUCAUUCCCAAGAGUGACAAGUCUCAUCAUAUUCUUGAAAACACAAAGAAAUCUGACCAGAACCUGGACUUGGAGACCAACUUUGGGAUCUUUGACUUCUGUCUGAGCCAAGAAGACAUGAGAGUACUGCGGGGAUUGGAACGAGGAUGGAGGGCCCUCCAUUUUGACGAGUAAAUCCACGGCAUCUUCCGAAUUAUGCAGGAUUUCCCAAAAAUUCUAACAUUAUUUUGUUUGGUUUGUUUUGCAUUAUAGUUAGACUUUUUCAAAAAUAAAAACAUUUUAGUAUUUCAACUCUAUGCUCGAAAAUGACAUUUUUUCCUCAUCAUAUUAAAAGUUUAUUCCCAUAAAAUUGCAAAUUUUGUUGUUUCAAUAUUACUAUUUUUCUCUUAAUAUUUGGACUUUAUCAUCAUUUAAAAAGUUGGGAAAUUGUGCAUGACCGUUGCACCUGUUUUUGAACUUUUAUUUUUUUUAUUCAGGUGCUAUGAGGUAACUAAAUCACACUGUACAUAGGACAUAGACAACGUCUGCCCACCUGUAUUUACUAUUAUUUUGCUUUUUUUUACUUCUGUCUGAUGCCUCUCGGCCAGGUCAACUACCUUACCUGGAUAAGUAAAGCCUAAAUAAAAAAAUCAAUUCUCUCCUGCUUAUGGCAAGGACCCGCUUGUGUGCGGCAGCAUACCGGCCGAGUCCCCUUUUGAAUGUUGAUCUGAAAAUUCUUUCGAAAUUCGUUCUAGCCCCACGCUUACAACGGGUCUAACCAAGUGUUAUAAUCACCUGUUCAAAGCAGAUUUAUGCUUGGAAGGCACUCCUUUCACAAUACGAGGAGGCCCUUAAAGAUCAUCUGCUCACCUAGUUUGAAUCCACCAGAGGUGAUUGUCAUUGGACGCGGAGAACGCCUUCGAUAAA